AUGCCAUUGCCUCCGGCUUUAGCAGCACGUCUGGCUAAAAGAGGCCUCUUGGACAGAUCCAAAAGUGAAGGCACGUACUCCAUUCUCUUGGUCUUUGUUAGUUUUAAUGGCAAAUUUGAGGAAGUUUUUGCUGAGAGCUACGACAAUGACGGUUCUGGUCCUAUUGCUGCUACUGUCAAAGGGAUCAGUCCCGUCCCUAUAAUUGAGAACGGCACCUUAAUCCAUGAAAUCGCUGCCUGUCCAAAUCUUACAAACCCCUAUCAUGAAUGCACCGCCUAUUGUUUCGAACGCUACGGUCGCCGCUCUUUCAGAGCCAGCGAUCAGCGAAUGGGUCGUUUACGGGAUCGGAUGCUUCGCCGCUAUCCUCUUCCAAGUCACUGGCUCGAAGUUGGGGAUCCCGUAACCGGUCGGUUUUACUACUGGAACACCGUGACUGACGAGGUUUGUUGGCUAUCUCCUCUCCACCCUAGAGCAGUUAUCACCAAAUCGGCUAGUGUUUUAAAAGCCCAGACACUAGCAGCGAAAGCAGCAGCAGCAGCGGCUUCAGCAGCUGCUCUAGCAGCCGGAGGUUUGGAUAGUGAAAGCGGGAGUGAGAAGAGGGAAGGAAAAAGGGACCGGUCGCGAUCUCCAUCCCCUCCGCCACCCCCACCGACGACUUCGCAGUCCUCGCUACUUACGAAUAUCAUGGCACCGCCUUCCGCCCCACCGCCAUCCUAUGCUCGGCUUGGAAAUAGCGUAAGACGGGCGCCGAAAUUUGAAAAGCGUCGGCGCAGCGGCGAUGGCGAUGAACCUUUGGAUCCGAUGGAUCCCGCGGCUUAUUCGGACGUUCCGCGUGGUGGUUGGACGGCUGGACUAGAGGGCGUCUCGGGGUCUGCGCCUUCCGCAAAAACUGGUGCGGAUGUGACCGCCUCUGGCCCGCUCUUUCAGCAGCGCCCCUAUCCCAGUCCUGGUGAAGUGCUGAGGGCUAACAUGAGACAGCGCCAGGAUUAG